AUGCCCGUCUCAUUUGCACCAGCCACGCACCAAGCAAACCCAGUCCGUCUCACGGGAGGAGAACUCUCUCCGAACGAAAUCCUGAAGCAAGCAUGUCCAUCGCAAUGGGAAAAGGUCGAUGAGAUGUUGCAGUCCUCGUUUGGGGGUGCGGAAUCUACAUCGAGCAACGUAUCCCCAAAGAAGAAUGGUUUCGUCGAUACAGUGGUCCUGGCUUACAACCAACAUUACGCCCUCGUCAUUCGUCCUGAUGAUGUUUGGCUUGCGAUCCUAUCCCAAUUCAAUGCCUUCGUUAACGCAAAUGCCGAACAACUUCGUUCCGUAUUCGUCGCACACGAAGGCCAACGUGAACUUACCGUCGUAGCUCAAGGGAAUCGGUAUAGCGUCGACUUCGGCUCGCUUUCGCGUCAGAUGGUCGACUUGAUGUCCGACGCGGUCGUCGACAAGAGUCUGACCGACUGGAUCAUUCCCUCCUUCACUACCACCACUCUCAAUGACAAGACUGUAAGCUGCAUGUUGAUGAUGGCGACCAUGAAGGCGUACUUCUCGUACGGGAUGAUGCUUAUGUGCGGUAUCCCUCGAGUGACGCUCGAAGGGACGAAGGAGGACUGGGAGGAAUUGAGGAGUAAAAUCGAGAAACUGAAGACUUACGGUGUGGAAUGCGUGGCCUGGUAUCACCUGCUUGGUCCAGUCUUGGACCGCUUCGUGUGUGCAUUCGACGAGCCAGACGGCGCUGCGAACAUCGAUUUUUGGCAGCGGGUGGCACAUUAUGAGGGUGGCGGGAGUGGGCCGACUUACUUGACUGGCUGGAUCACCGCGUUUUGUGCAUUUAGUGACGAGGGGAAGUGGCUUGGAAGUCCUUUACACAAGGAGGUUUCCGAGGUUCCUCGUCCGGAAACCCUUUCUGCUGAAGAGUUCUGGUCGGCGUUCAAGGUCGCAAAUCGUGCGCCACGUUUCGGGGAACCGCUUGAGACAUUGACGUUGGACGGUACGACCUAUCACAGUAUAGACACCGAUGACAUACCAGUCAGCUACGCCGAAGUGGACGUCAAAUUGGACGACAACGGGGUAGAGCUCAAGAGUAUGAUUGUCGCGGGCCUGGUUGGAAGUGAAGUCCAAUCGAGCGGAGACGCAGAGCUGAGCACGGCGGGAGUGAGAGAUAUUGUGAAACCGCUCGCGGGUUGGUGGAUGUUUACGAAACGAGGUGAUGUGGAGAAGCCGUGAGGGACUUGGGUAUGAUACCGA